GCGGGGCGAACAGCCACUUCCGGUUAGGUGGUCCUAGCGCGCGUGAGCUGAGCCGGUGGGUGAACUGAGCCGGUGGGUGAGCUGCGGCUGCGGCGAGUUGGGCUGUAGGUGCUACCGGGGAAGAUCUGAUUGUCAUGGACCUGCGGCAGUUUCUCAUGUGCCUGUCCCUGUGCACAGCCUUUGCCCUGAGCAAGCCCACGGAAAAGAAGGACCGCGUGCACCAUGAGCCUCAGCUUAGCGACAAGGUCCACAAUGAUGCUCAGAGCUUUGACUAUGACCAUGAUGCCUUCUUGGGUGCUGAAGAAGCAAAGACCUUUGAUCAGCUGACCCCAGAAGAGAGCAAGGAAAGACUUGGAAUGAUUGUAGAUAAAAUAGACGCGGAUAAAGAUGGGUUUGUGACGGAGGGGGAGCUGAAAUCCUGGAUUAAGCACGCCCAGAAGAAAUACAUAUAUGACAAUGUUGAAAACCAAUGGCAGGAGUUUGAUAUGAAUCAAGACGGCUUAAUCUCCUGGGAUGAGUACAGGAACGUGACUUAUGGCACUUACCUGGAUGACCCAGACCCUGACGAUGGAUUUAACUAUAAGCAGAUGAUGGUUAGAGAUGAGCGGAGGUUUAAAAUGGCGGACAAGGAUGGAGACCUCAUUGCCACAAAGGAGGAGUUCACAGCUUUCCUGCACCCGGAGGAGUAUGACUACAUGAAAGACAUAGUAGUGCAGGAGACGAUGGAGGAUAUAGAUAAGAAUGCGGAUGGUUUCAUUGAUCUAGAAGAGUAUAUUGGCGACAUGUACAGCCAUGAUGGGAAUGCCGAUGAACCAGAAUGGGUAAAGACGGAGAGAGAACAGUUUGUUGAGUUUCGAGAUAAGAACCGUGACGGGAAGAUGGACAAGGAAGAGACCAAAGAUUGGAUCCUCCCCUCAGACUAUGACCAUGCAGAGGCGGAAGCCAGGCACCUGGUCUACGAGUCAGACCAGAACAAGGAUGGCAAGCUCACCAAGGAGGAGAUUGUUGACAAGUAUGAUUUAUUUGUGGGCAGCCAGGCCACAGAUUUUGGUGAGGCCUUAGUACGGCAUGAUGAGUUCUGAGCUGCAGACAGAGGAACCCACGUUUCUCCAAAAAUAAUUUAUUUUUACAGCUUCUGGUUUCACGUGAGAGUGUUUGCGCUACUGAGACUGGUAUUACAAACUUUGUAAGACGUGAAGAAACAGUGAGAACCAUCCGGUCCCCGUCCCUUCUCCUCUGAGGGACUGGAGGGAGACCGUGCGUCUGAGGAACAACUAAUUAGUCCACUUGUGUUUGUAGAUUUACACUUUGUAUUAUGCAUAACAUGGUGUGUUUAUUUUUGUAUUUGUUCUCUGGUUGGGGGUAUGAUAUGAAGGAUCAAGAUCCUCAGCUCAUACUCGCAGGCAAAAAUUAGCCCUUCCCUCUUUCUCAACUCUUACCAUGUAAUUUUUAUAAUUCUGACUUAACUCAUUUUUUAAGCCUGAGAUCAGUAAGAAAUGUUUGGAAGAGAAAAAAAAAAGAAAAAUGUGUACCCCACAGUUUAUAUUUAGAGAUAAUCUUGCCUCUUGAAAAGUAUGUUUCAUCAGCAGUAGGAGCCAUGUAUUCUCUCCGCUGCCACAGGUCCAGCCGCUGGUCCCGGCGGUGCGUGGGCAGGGACAGCUCCCUGUGCUGCCGGAACGCUUGGCCCAGCUUGGUUCCAUUCACCCUUUUUUUUCUUUCCCCUUCCCUACAGGACUAGCUCUUUGCUAAUUUUGUCAAGCACAGCUGUGGUGGGAAGAGUUAGGGCCAGUGUCCUGAAAAUCAAGAAGUGAGUGUGAUCUUUUUACAGAGCUAUACAUAGAAACAGCUGGAAAAAUGCACGUGUUUUCAGGGCACACACUUCGUUCUGGGGGUGCAUCUGUUGAGGUGCUCGAGACUGUCUGGUCUGUUGAAUCACUGUAAGCGCCCCCUUUGGUGCCUAUCUCCCCAGGUGUUCCAAGUAAUAAUUUUGCUUCCACUGAGGCUGAAAUGUGCCCCUUUCCAAUCAUGUCAUUGAAAGUGCCUUUAACGACAGACAUGAUCGCCGAAUGAGGAUUCUCUUAAGAAAUUCUAAGUUACAGUAAAGAGACGAUUAUUUGGACCACCCUGUAUGAAAGCUUAGAACCUCCCAAUGUAGUGGGGAUGGAUUUUCUUUCCUUCUCUUUCAGACAGCAGUUAAAUAGCAGUAUUAGUUAGGAGCUCAGUUGCAGUGUUUUUAUGUUGUGGGCUGGUUUCCAAAAACCACAUGCUGCUGAAUCUCCCAGGGAUCCUCGUACCUCAGAACGCUGACCACUUACCGCCAGGCCUGUUCCUGAGCCGGCCGGGGAGCUCGGGCUCUGACCCUCGGGGGAGCGGGCCUGGGAGAGGGCUCUCGGGUGUGAGGACCACCGCUACUUACCCUCCCUGCCCCGGACCUGCCACUCCCAGCCCCCCACCACUCCCUCUCCCCUCUGCCAAAGUAAAAGUUUAUCUUGGGUCAACAGAUUGCCAGUCCCUAUCGAAGAAAGGGGCAUUAAAGAAAGAGCUGACGAAACUGUCCUCUGUUCCCCUCACUUUACCCCCCUGUUUUACAUAACACGGGCUCUGUCGUUUUGGUCCCUUCUGACAGAUGGACCUCUCUUAAGAGAAUUUAUUGUAUUCCAAGUUUUUAGCCCUCAGGUUACUAAGAUAAAUAUAUGUAUAUCUAACCGUUACUAUUUCAUAUAUCUUUCUGGGUAAUAUUCGGGCGGUGCUGGGCGAGGAUUGUAACCAGAAUCGAGGUGUGUCCUUUGGUCUUCCGUGAACAUGUUGAGGUGGGCUGCUUGACCUGGUGGGAAGCCAGGUGUCAUGUAACCGCACCCCAGCCUUUGCAUUGAGCUCUUGAGAGUGGAUACACUCUUUUAAGUUUAACCCCAGUAUAGGGGGGCAUGGAAAUUCUCUGCCCUCCAGGUCCCCAUUUUUAUUGUCAAGACCAGAGAGAACUAAUAAUGCCACCAACCCUGGCUUGGUGAGAGAGAGCCUCACGGCUCACUAGGGGCAGAGAACCUGGGCCUUAGGGUCGAGUCCCACUUAGAAAACGAGCCUUCCUCUGCUGAGACAGCAACUCCCGCUGCUGGGUGCUCAGUAGCCAGCGCUGCACUCUGAUCUCUAACCACCCCCCUGGGUCACUGCUACUGUUACUUCGGUUUAGAUCAAGCCUGGGGCUGGGGGGCUGGCCACACCCACGCUGUGUGCCCUGUGAACGCUGGCUCUCUUGAGUUUGGAUGUUGGUUAUUUUUUAUAGAGUGUAAACCAAGUUUUAUAUUCUAUAAUGCAAACAGGUACCCAUCUGUUUCUAAAUAAAACUGUUUACAUUCGUU